AUGGCAGCUUCGGUGAACUUGACAACCCUGAUCAAGCGGCUCGAAGCUGCAACUUCGCGUUUGGAAGAUCUAGUACCUACGAUAACCGAUCCUUCAGUCACGACAGAUGCCGCCCAGCCUCUGUCCGGCCAGGGACCAUCCGCAGAACGGGCUUUGGACCAGGCAAGAUCGCCUUCCAGGCACAUGGAAACACUACCUCCGGUCAUUGAUGAUUUCGAUGCUAUAAUCAAUGGGCAAGUCAAGUCCUUCGUUAAUAUGAGCGAAGAGAUUGGGGGGCUAGUUGCUGAGCAGUCUGCUGCUGUCCUUCGAGCCUUUGCUGCAGAGCGCAAGUUCCUUAUUAUCACCACCAAAGCCAGAAAGCCGGACAUCCAGUCACCAGUCUAUAUGGAGAUCUUGAAGGACUUGCAAGCGAUGAUGGGUGCUGUCAAUGACAUUCGAGAAGCCAAUCGAGCAUCGCCCCUUUUCACCCAUCUGACAACUGUAUCCGAAGGCAUUGCUGUGCUCGCCUGGAUAACCAUUGACCCCAAACCCGCAGACCAUGUGGCGGAAACACUCAGUAGCGUUCAAUAUCAUGGGAACCGUGUGAUCAAGGAGUAUAAGGAGAGGGAUCGGAGACAUGUCGACUGGGUUAACGCCUUUUACGCCAUUUUUAAAUCCCUAAUCGCGUACGUAAAACAGCAUUACCCGUCAGGCGUGACAUGGAACAACCAAAACGGCAUUGAUCCACAAGAAGCCCUCCACCAAGUUCAAACUGGCCAGACGUCCUCAAAAACCCCACCGCCAUCUUCUGGCCCGGCACCGCCUCCACCACCUCCUCUGCCUUCCUUCGAUGGCCCUCCACCUCCACCGCCAAUGCCGCCGAACGGCGUCACUCCAACUUCCAGCUCCUCAGACAUGGGUGCCGUCUUCGACCAAAUAUCUCGUGGCUCAGAUGUGACCUCUCACCUCCGCAAGGUUGAUCCGUCCAUCCAAACCCACAAAAAUCCCUCGCUCCGUGCCCAGGGCGCCAGCGCUCCGCCUGCUCCUAGCCGCUCUUCAUCUCAAAGCUCUUCUCUCGGCAAAUCGCCCAUCCCUGGCAAAAAGCCUAAGCCAGAAAGUAUGCGCGCAAAGAGGCCACCCCGAAAAGACCUUGAGGGCAACAAAUGGCUCAUCGAAAAUUAUGACAACCCUGGCCAAAUGCUCGAGAUUGAGGCUUCAAUCUCGCACUCCAUCCUCGUAACGCGCUGCACCAAAACUCCCAUCCGUAUCAUCGGAAAGGCCAACGCUAUCUCUCUCGACAACUGCACACAAUGCUCGCUCGUCAUAGAUUCUUUAGUUAGUGCCGUCGAUGUCAUCAAAAGCCCUAAAUUUGAAAUGCAGGUUUUGGGUAAGCUGCCGACUAUCAUGCUAGACCAAGUCGAUGGCGCGGCGAUCUAUUUGAGUAGAGAUUCGCUCGGGACAGAGGUUUUCACGAGCAAGUGUACGGGCAUCAACGUCAAUUUGCCGGGACAGACAGAAGAUGAUGAUUAUGUCGAGAAGGCGCUGCCGGAGCAGGUCAAGAGUGUGGUGAGGAAUGGUGCGCUCGUCAGCGAGAUUGUUGAACAUGCUGGAUAG